GCGAAACAAACUAAACUACCUUAUGUGUUUGUCUCUUCCUGUUUCUGUCUGCUUCGCUCCUCAGCUUACCAACACUUUUAUGGCGUCCGGGUCGGCUUCUCUAAUGUGGUUCCGAAAGGGUCUUAGGAUCCAUGACAACCCGGCCCUGGAUUUCGCCCGCCAAGGUUCGGAUCGUCUUUACCCUGUCUUCGUUAUCGACCCGCAUUACAUGGAACCCGACUCCAAUGCAUUUUCCCCCGGUUCUACUCGUGCCGGUCUCAACCGGAUUAAGUUCCUGCUUGAAAGCCUUGUGGACCUUGAUUUGAACCUUAAGAAGCUGGGAUCGCGACUGCUGAUUCUUAAGGGUGAACCAGGAAAAGUUUUGAUUCAUUGCUUGAAGAAGUGGAACAUCAGAAAACUUUGCUUUGAGUAUGACACUGAUCCAUAUUAUCAGGCUUUAGAUACUAAAGUUAAGAAUUAUGCAGUGGCGUCUGGGAUUGAGGUUUUCUCUCCUGUGAGUCACACGCUCUUCAAUCCAGCGGAUAUUAUACAGAAGAAUGGAGGGAAGCCACCCCUUAGUUAUCAAUCGUUUGUGAAGAUUGCCGGACAACCAUCAUGCCCCCUCUCAACUACGGUUUCCUCACUUCCUCCUGUUGGAGAUCUUGGAAGUUGUGAGAUUUCUGAAGUUCCAACAAUCGGAGAACUCGGAUACAGAAAUGUUAAGCAGGAAGAAUCCUCUCCUUUCAAGGGCGGUGAAUCAGAAGCAUUGAAGAGGCUGACAGAAUGCAUGAGAAGAAAGGAGUUCGUGGCCAACUUUGAGAAACCCAAGGGUAAUCCAUCUGCUUUUCUUAGACCAGAAACAACUGUUCUAUCACCUUAUUUGAAAUUUGGUUGUUUAUCCUCCAGAUAUUUCUACCAGCAGAUUCAAGAUGUAUAUAAAACUAUGCCAAAGCAUACGUCACCACCUGUUUCUCUUCUAGGACAGUUGUUAUGGCGAGACUUUUUCUACACUGUGGCAUUUGGGACUCCAAAUUUUGAUAAGAUGAAAGGCAAUAGAAUAUGCAAGCAGAUACCUUGGAAGGAUGAUGACAAACUUCUGGAAGCUUGGAGGGAGGCUAGGACAGGAUUUCCUUGGAUUGAUGCCAUCAUGGUUCAGCUACGUCAAUGGGGUUGGAUGCACCAUCUGGCACGACAUUCUGUUGCAUGUUUUCUUACUCGUGGUGACCUGUUUGUUCACUGGCAAAAAGGGCGUGAUGUCUUUGAGAGGCUUCUUAUUGAUUCAGAUUGGGCAAUUAAUAAUGGAAACUGGCUUUGGCUCUCAUGUUCAUCCUUCUUUUAUCAGUAUAAUCGUAUUUACUCCCCAAUCUCAUUUGGUAAGAACUACGACCCUAAAGGAGACUACAUCAGGCAUUUUCUCCCUGUCUUAAAAGAUAUGCCCAAGGAAUACAUCUAUGAACCAUGGACUGCUCCUCUAAGCGUUCAGAAGAAAGCAAAUUGCGUUUUAGGCAAAGACUAUCCAAUGCCCGUUGUAUCUCAUGAUUCUGCUAGCAAAGAGUGCCGAAGAAGAAUGGCUGAGGCAUAUGCGUUGAACAAGGAAUUGAAUGAUUCGAUGAGCGAAGAAGAUCUGAAAAACUUGAGGAGGAAACUAGAUGAAGGAACACAAGAGCAAGAGACUAAACAUAAAAGAUAUAGACAGAAGCUGAUUGGGUGAGUAAAAAAAAACUUGCUGGGUUUUUGGUUAAAAACUUGUGAUGUAAUUUCACCUGUAACUUUAACAGUUUAACUAGUAUACCUCGCUUUUCUAAUAUAUAUGAGUUAGCUGGGAAUUGAACUUUGUAUUAUAUAUAAUAUUUUAAUUUAUUUUGUUUCUUAUAUUUAUCA